UAUUUUUUCGGUCAUUUCUGGAAUUAUUUUCGGAUUUGCUCUUUAUCAUCGUACUACAAAUCUGUGGGCAUUAAAAAAUCUUGGUGACACAUUUAUGUCUAAAAAUAUUGGAAGAAGGCCUAUUGUUCUAGGGGCAUUCCACAGACUUAAAGAAGAACAGAAUGUGGAAGGGGAUUAUGCGGUAAUCCAAUUCCUUGGGGAUGGACGUCAAACGCACACCCUAUUUUGUAUUAGUGAAAAUAACAACGGGGAAAAGUUAAUAACCAGAGCGCAUAUAGAACGUAUCCACAAGGGGAAACGUGCAGCUAACGACUUGUGUUCGUGGAGCGGUCAUUUAGCGGAGUGUAAAAUUGGAUCAGCAGAUGUAAAUUCAAUAAGGCGAGACUUAGGAAAUAUUUUUAAAAAUUUGAAAAAAAUUUUUUAG